AAAACCUCGUUUCCUCCAUCACCGGCACCACUGUAAUGAACCCUCUUUCGAAGAACAUCGCCGACGGGCUGAAACCCGAAGCAGGGUUGGAAAUGCUACAGGCUUACAAAGGCGUAAGAAUCAAUUACGAAGCUAGAAAAAACGUUUCGACCUAUGUCCCUUCCUCCUUGAUGAUGGACCACAUUGUCCAUUUGAUCAACUCAACUCUACUCGACAGCUUUCACUUCCGGCGAGCUUGUCCCGACUACCACCCUUACAUUCUCCGCCUUUACUACGCCGUUUUAUUCAUCAUUCAAGUCAUGCGUGCUUCUCGCCACGCAAAUAUUCUCUCUGCAGAGGGUAGCCAAACCCUCAGCUACCUGCUCGACGUUUUCCCCCCUGAAUCGCUUCCCGUCUCAGGUCCCCUUCUAGAGCUAUUCAAGACUUUGUGCUGCUCCCAGCCGGAGAACCCCACCUAUGGGCUGGUUUCUCCCCGGCUUCCGAUCCCCCUCGGCCCAGCUACUCGUAGAGAUUUUAUGCUCACCGCCGCCGAGCACCAUAUUAUCCCCAACAUACCAGGGAUUAUGGCGUUGAUCGCUGAUCUUAAUGACAAAAUCAACCCCGCCAGCGACAACCAGGCUGUCUAUCCCGCCAAAGGGAAGCACAUUCCCGUCUCCAGCACUGCGACUUCCGCCACCGUAUUUGGCCAUCAUUCCUUUGGUGCUGCCGCCACUCGCACCACUGCUUAUAAGUGGAGCCUCUGCUCCUCAGGUCUUCAAUAUCCUUGUGAAGCAGAUGAAAAGCUUCAUGAGGAAUUCGCUGAACGACUAGACAGCUUCGAUUUUCCGGCUACCGCGGAAACAGACGUCCUGUCUAGUUUUAACGGUUUCUUGCAUGUAUCCAAGAGCCAGAACUGGUUUGCCAAUGUGCGAGCCGUUGCUGCCGAUGUAGCCCCAUUCUUUGAAGGCUCUGGCACACUGGCUGACUGUCCACCUUUUGGGCUUCCGAUCAACCAGAUUGUAGUGAAAUACGCUGCACCUGAACAUGCGCCGGCAGAGCCAGCUGGUCUCUUCCGCUUUGCAUUCUCGCUGAAGACGACCUGCAGGUCGCUUCCUGAGCUCGCUGAAGCUAUGGCUUCUCUAGCUCAAACCAAUGUCGACUUUCCAGAGAAUCAUCUGCUGUUGAGUAGCGUCGAUGCAAGAAACCGUAUCGGACCCUUCUGGUCCAUUAGACCUAUAGAAUCAUCGAUCAUUGAUGAUUCAUCCUAUUUAUCUUUGGGAUUAGUAGUCAAGAGUUUGUUCAAGCCUCAGGGCUAACGCUGAUCACUCCACAAGCGUUUUCAUUAUCCUCAUUUUCAGGACUGAUAAUGCACCUUCCUCUAUUUGAAAACUAGCAAAUUUAUGGAUUUAACUAAAAUGAGAAAUUGAAAGUGUCAUUUUAUUAGUA